AUGGACAAUGACCGUCGGCCGCGGCAAAACCCCUCAGGUUACGCGAGCCAGCAAGGCACGCUGCUCCCACCGCAGAACUCAUAUCCCGUGGUAAGCGCAUCCGAUCGCUUCAGGCAGGCGCCCUUGACUGCUCCUGCCCCGCCCACUUCUGCCCCGUCCUCCGGCAGCCGCCCCAGCUCGCAGAGUUACGGCUACGCUUACGGGGAAGGCUCACAGUUUGUCGGCUCGUCGAUUCAAUCCUCGGGCGUGUCCUACGGCGCGCAGGGCUACAGCCCAGACCAGCAACCGCAGCAGCAGCGUGCAGCGCAGCAGCAAUACUCGCCCUAUGGCCAGAACGUCAUGUACAGCGUGCCUGGCGCGCAGGGCUCUGCGACAGGGUCGUCACAGUAUGAGCCUGUGGAACCGUACCAACAAAACAGGGACUCGGCAAUAGAGGUCCUGAGCACCGGCUUUGGGGUCGCACAACCGCAAUACUACAAUGUGGCCGGCGAGGGUGGUCCCACGAGCGCGCCUGCAGCCGCCAUUGCAACGCAAAACGUCCCUUCCCAGUACCCCUCGCUAGGAUAUACAGCGCAGCAAGCCCCGGUCGGACGAGAACCGCUCGCGCCCGCAUACACCGCCGGCGGCAUGUCAGACAACCACCAGGCCACCGCUCAGGCCGGCUACUCGCAGCCGGGCAGCUAUAGCGAGCAGCACGGCAGCGGCAACGAAUACGACGACUUCUACAACAACUACCAGAGCGAGCUGAAGAAGACAUUCCAGUACGUGCACGACGGGCGCAUCAACGAAGCUGGCGCGCAGCUACACCGCCUGUCAGAGUGGCUGCUGCAUUGGGCCGAGACACUGGGCCUAGUGCGCGACGACGAGACCCACUACGCCCAGCGCCUCAAGCUAUGGGAAGAGUUCAACACCUGCUGGCUCUCGACGCUCCAGAAGCAGAAGACCAUGACACAGGAAAUGAUCAGCACGGGCCAGCGACCACAGCCGCCGCAAACGCUCAUCGACUAUGACACACUCGAGAAGAUGGGCACGCAGCUCGUGAAGAACUGCGAUAACAUGGAGAAGCACGGUCUGGUCGACUAUCAGAUGGGCGUGUGGGAGGAGGAGAUCAUUGCAAUGUUGACUUCAUGUCUCGACUUGCUCGAGGAAGUGGGCGCCGGCUCCUCUGCACAGCGCCCCACCGCGAAUGUGCGCAGACGUUAA